AAGGGAAGAGCCGGUGUUGAGAAAAGAGAUAGAAAUAGAAAGAGAGAAAUAAGAUGAACAUUGGAAAUGAUGAUGAAGGUUUAAGAAAGAAAAAUAGACAGAGAAGAAAAGGAAAGAGAGAUGAGUUUGUGUCUCUCUUUUUUGUUGUGAGUCGAAGCUCUCACAGGUCGUGAGGAGAAAACAUUGUUCAUGUUAUUUUCCAUUCAAUUAAUUGUUUUCGUUUAAUUGUUGUUCAUUUUUUUUCUUCUUUAACUCAUCACACUUCUUUACUCUCUAUCUUUGCCUCUCUCUCUCUCUCUCACUCACUUGAUUUCUAAUAUAAUUGUGAUGAUUAUGGAGAAAUUAAUUACUGUUUAACCUCAACUCUUUUCUCUCAUAAUCUUCGACAUUUUUGUUUUUUACUCUUCUUCUAUUCUAUUCUACCUUAUUCUCAUCUAAUCCUAUCUGGUUGACUUGUUCUUCUUCUUAAAAUCCAUCUCUAAAUAUUCAUCUUCAUCCAUAUUUCUCACCAUAUUAUCCAUCUUUUCAAGUCAUUCGAAUAUUUUAAUUUCUUUUCCAGUGUGACCUUUGUUUUCUUCUCUCUCUAUAUAUUUUCUUCUCACCUCAACACAUACAAACUUCAGCAUUCACAAGGAGAAUAUAUGGGAAAAGGUUCUGGUUGGUAAAGAGUUUUGAUUGUUUACUCAAUCAACUCGUUCACCAAUCUUUCACCUUUUCUUAAAUAUUGAACCCUUGGAAUUGAAUAACUUGAGGAGAACCUUUAAUUUCUACUGGACAUCAAACAACAUUUACAUUUCAACAUUUUAACCUAAAAAAAAUGAUCUAAAUUCUGUUCGUUUCUUUUUCUACCUUUUGAGUUACAUACAUAUUCCUAUUAUAAUACAUCUCAUACAUCUACUACUAGACAUAACUACCCGACAUCUUUUCUCAUCAUAAAUCAGUGUUACUUAUUUUCUACUUUUAUCAUUAAUUGGUUGAGAAUAUCACCUACAUCAUCUUGUGUGUUAUUUUCGUCCUGUUCUUGUGUCAUACUUGUUGUUGCAUCUCAAUUUCCUCUAUUUCUCUACCUUGUGGCAUCUUUACCUUUGCUAUUUUCUAUCUCUUUUUCCUUGGGUUAUGGAGAAACCUUAUGAACUAUCUAAUGUAUCUGAUUUUAUAGAUACCUCACCAAAACAAAGAAAACAAUCAAACCCGACGAUCAGAAAAGAUGAUAUCAACUAUGUUAAUUAUCAAGAAGAAGACCAAAUGGAGGUCUCUGGUUAUCAAUUAUCUAAUUUUCUUAGAGCAAUUACCUGGUUCAUGAUAUUUCUGACAUUAGGACUACUUCGGUUAUUAUUUCAUUGGAAACCUCAUUGGAUGUUAAUCUGUACCCAUCGGAGAUGUAGACUAAAAGAUGCAUCUAAAGUUAUGUUGAUUGAUACAUACAAUCAAAUUUAUGUGGAAACAAUUAAAAAGAUGCAUUCAGCUGUUUUACCUUAUUUUCAACUCAAUUGCCAAUCAAAAGAAAGUAUCGAAUCGAUUAAAAAUUAUCCAAAUCAAUCAAAUUCACCCACAAACCAUUGGUCAUCGUCUUUUGAUAAGCCUAAAAAACGCAGUGAUGGCGCUUUUAGAGAUGCUGAUUGUUUCUCCUACUUCGACAAUAAAAGACUUCGAUACAUUUGGGACGAGGAAAGUCAAUCAUUUGUUAAGCUCAGUGGACUUGAUAGAAAUGUCGAUUGCUCAUUUUUUUAUCAUCAACAUGGACUUUCACCAGCUGAUCAAUCCAAAAGACUGAAAUUGUUUGGACCAAAUGCUAUUGUCGUCGAAGUACAAUCGAUCCUUCAAGUAUUUUUCAAUGAAGUUCUUGAACCUUUCUACGUUUUUCAAAUCUACAGCAUCGUUCUUUGGUGUUUCGAUAACUACUAUUAUUAUGCUUCUUGUAUUCUCAUGAUGUCAGCUUUAUCAUUGGGAUCAUCUCUUAUCCAAAUCCGUCGGAAUCAGCGGCAACUUCGUGAUACAGUUCAAGGUGUUGACGCGGUUACAGUUUGUCGGGGUAAUGAUGAAACGGAAGAAAUUGAAUCAAGUGAUCUUGUUCCCGGAGAUGUAAUAAUUUUACCUCCAUACGGAUGUAUAAUGCAAUGUGAUGCAGUUCUAAUUAGUGGUAAUGCCAUUGUUAAUGAAUCUGUUCUUACGGGUGAAAGUGUUCCAGUUACCAAGAUUCCACUUUUAUAUCAUGAAGAUGAUUUUUAUAAUUCUAAGGAACAUGGUAAACAUACUUUAUUCUGUGGUACUAAGGUCAUUCAAACUCGUUACUAUGAUAGCUCAAAGGUUAAAGCGGUGGUCAUUCGUACUGGUUUUCUAACCUCAAAAGGUGAACUGGUUCGAUCUAUUAUGUUCCCAAAGCCGGUUGAUUUUCAUUUUAAUCGUCAAAUAUAUAAGUUUAUUUUAUGUCUUGUGGUUCUCGCUGGUCUGGGUUUCAUCUAUUCUGUGAUAUUAAAUGUUAAACGUGGUGUCUCCGCCAAGGAAAUUUUUCUCAAAGCAUGUGACCUGAUAACGGUUGUUAUACCACCUACCCUGCCCGCUGCGAUGACCAUUGGUGUUGUUUAUGCUCAAUCACGAUUAAGACGUUCUAAUAUUUUUUGUAUCUCACCAAGAUCCAUCAAUAUCUCCGGUUGUUUGGAUUGUGUUUGCUUUGAUAAAACUGGUACAUUAACUGAAGAUGAUCUUAGCUUUUCCGAGAUUAUUCCAGUUGAUCCUAUCACAUCUCGAUUAACCUUUCCCGUUCGUAAUCCGUCUCAAUUACCCACUGGACCAAUAUUAUCUUGCCUGUCAACCUGUCAUUCAUUAACAAUUAUUGGAGACAAUUUAGUCGGCGAUCCAUUGGAUUUGAAAAUGUUCCAUGCAACCGGAUGGAUAUUGGAAGAACCUUCAGUUGAUGACGAAAAUAAAUAUGAUCUAUUAGCACCGACAAUCGUUAAACCAGGAAAUUCUGGUAUCGAUGCUGAUGAGGUGAUAAACAACGAUAUUGAGAUUGGCAUCUUGCGACAAUUUCCUUUCUCAUCUAGUCUACAAAGAAUGUCAGUUAUCACUCGUCUCCUUGGAGACGAUCAUUUUGUCCUUUACGCUAAGGGAGCACCGGAAAUGAUCUCUAAAUUGUGCCUUAAGGAAACCAUACCCUCCAAUUUUUCCGACAUCCUAAUGGGUUAUACGGAAAAGGGUUAUCGUGUUCUGGGUAUUGCAUCUCGUGAUCUUCAUUUAUCUUACUCUAAAAUGCAACGAGCACCUCGAGAAGAGAUUGAACAAGAUAUGAAGUUCUUGGGUCUUCUUGUCAUGUCCAAUGUCCUCAAACCAGAAACAACUUAUAUCAUUCAAACACUUUCAACGGCUAACAUUAGAUCGGUCAUGAUUACCGGUGACAAUAUGUUAACAGCUCUAAGUGUAGGUCGGGAAUGUUUAAUGAUUAAACCAAAUGAUAAGGUUGUAUUGUUGGACGCAAUUGAACAUGAUUCAUCUGCACUAUCACCUCCAUCGUUAACUUGGAGAUUUGCCAAUGCAGAUCAUCAAUCAGCAACAAAACCCUUUGAAAACAAUGGCAACAAUAAUAAUCAUCAUAACGAUCAUCAACUUAAAUCAACUAGUUUAGAUUUUGUUAAGGUUGUCAUUGAUUCUGAUGAGAAAUUACAUAUCGCUAUUACUGGUAAAACAUUUCGAGUACUUCGUGAAUAUUAUCCUGACCUUUUAAACAAAGUAGCCAUUCGUGGCACCAUUUUUGCUCGUAUGGGACCAGAUCAGAAACAGCAACUUAUCGAGCUUCUUCAAGAUUUAGGCUAUUAUGUUGGUAUGUGCGGUGAUGGUGCCAACGAUUGUGGUGCUCUCAAAGCUGCUCACGCAGGUAUCUCACUAUCAGAUACGGAAGCAUCGGUGGCCUCACCUUUCACCUCAAAGACACCAAACAUUUCCUGUAUACCUGUUUUAAUUAGUGAAGGUCGAGCCUCUCUGGUAACGGCCUUUGGUAUCCUAAAAUACAUGGCCUGUUACAGUCUUGCUCAAUUUAUUUCUGUAAUUAUUUUGUACGCUUAUCAUUCAAAUCUAUCAGAUAUGGAAUAUCUUUAUAUUGAUCUGUUUUUAAUCUCUCUUUUCUUCGUUCUUUUUGGUCGCACUGAGUCUUUCACUGAACUUUCAAAGAAUCCUCCUCCGUCCUCUUUGGUUGGAAUUGUUCCUCUUGCCUCCUUAUUCCUGCAAAUAGUUAUCAUAAUCAUCUUCCAAAUGACCGCAGUGGUUGUUUUAUGGGCCCAACCCUGGUACAUUGUCCACACUCCGAUUGAUGAGGAAGAUGUCGCUUGUCACGAUAAUUAUGCCAUAUUUUCCGUCUCCGUUUUCCAAUACAUAAGUCUUGCUCUGGUAUUUGCCAAAGGAGCACCUUACCGGAAGCCAGUUUACUCCAAUAAAUGGUUCAUCUCAGCUAUAGUGGUUAUGACUAUCUUAACUUCUUACAUAAUUCUCAUUCCUCCGCCAUGGCUUUCUUCACUUCUAGAGCUGGAGGUUACUGGUGUUGCCAUGGAGUUUAGAUUUUUCUGUUUACUCUUGGCUUUAUUAAAUUUUAUCUUUUCUUACCUUGCUGAGUCCUUUAUUGUUGAUUAUUUAAUCCACGUUAAAUUGCGAUCACUUCAAUGGGUUAAAUCAUUUUCUGGUCAAAAACCUUAUGAGAUAAUUGAACGUGAGACUGAAAACAACACUACUUGGCUUCCACCGAGACUUAGUCUCCCAUCAAGUUUAUCAGAUCUUCAAGAAGCUGCUACAAUUAUGUGUGAAAAUGGAGAUGAUGACAUUGAUUCAGGAAAAAGGAAACAUUCAACCGAUGCAAAUGGAAUUUCCUCCAAAGAAUCUAAUUCAGAAUCUGGCAUCUCUCUUUCAUCUCCAGCAUCAAUGGCAUCGGAUAAAGUUUAAUUUCUUCAAGAUAACGAUUUUGUUAAUUCUAAUUAUCGAUAAUAUUUACCAAUAAUAAUCAAAGAGACAACAAAAAAUUGUUCUGUUCAUAAACUAUACACAAAUUGAGAUACAAAAAAAAAUAAGAAUUAUGUUCAUUGAUUAAUAUAUAAUAUUUGUAAUA